CACCCCAUUGAUUUACCCAUAAUGCUAUGCUGUAGCCUAGAAGACGUCACAAGGACGAUGAUGUCAUUUUCAUCGCAUCACAACAUUUCAUGAUUUUGGGAGUGGUACUGAUAUUAAUUAGUUGUCCUGCCUAAUUCCGCCACGUUAUGAGUCAGCGACGUCGCAUUGUAGUGGACCAAGACACACAGGUUCCUAAGGAUGUGGAAAGUCUCGAUGGCACUGAUGGCUGCCCAGCGCCACUUCUGGGCAGGUGUUUGAGAGAGUGUUAUUACACUUUCCGGCCAAGACGAAGACCUAAGGACUAUCACUUUGACCCAACAGAAUUUGUCGAACCCGUUUGGACUGACACCCACUCGACGGACGUUCAGGCAGAGGAUGAUGUUGUAAUCGACAAAUUGGUGGAAUCUCGGCCACUACGACUCAUGUCUACCGUCUUUCCCAACACCUCGGCACCACAUAUUGGCCAAACAAGGGUGGUCGAGCUAGAUGAUAUCGAAUGGUUCUACACAAAGAGACCGGGACGAGAAGAAUUCACGAGCGCUACCAAACAACCACAGGGCAAUGCGGAACCUUCUGGCCCAAUUACAGGGAGGCUGAAUGAGAGGUCACAUGAUUCGACCUACGAACACAGAAAAGAGUUUGUAUUGGCAAAUUCCGAGAACACACGACAAGUAAUGGAUAACAGAAUUGUACGAAGAACAACGAAACUCCCCGACGAUUGGGAAGCCGCUGGAAGCAUGGUCAAACAGGAAGUGAGGUCUCCGGAGGCGUCCGCGCAUCAAUAUAAAUGGUUCAGGUCAAUCCUCGGAUGGACCACUUCCUAAUUAGAAUUAUAUUAAUCUUUCACUCUAUUAAAAUCGUUUCACUGAA